AACAUCUGGCAUGCAGUAGACACGAAAUUGUCACACUAUUCAUUUAUCAAUAUGACUAUGUUCUAUCUCUUAUCUGGGCAACACACGCACGCACGCACGCACGCACGCACGCACACACACACACACACACACACACACACACACACACACACACACACACACACACACACACACACUGUUGUUGGCGUAUGUGGUUAACGGGGACAAUUCCAUAGACCCAAUGCAUUUUAUACUGUACAAACUGUAUAUUCUAUUCCCCUUAUCUACCCCUGUUCCUAAACCCAAGGAUCACAAAAACCUGUUGCCAGUCUUUAAUCUAUUAAAAAGAACCAUUACGUUUUAGCUGUUCAGUUUAUGGGGACACUGUGUCCCCAUAAACCAUGUUUAUAGCAUAGUAAACAUGUCAUUAUACACUAUUCAUGUCCCCAUAAACCACAUUUGCACACACACACACACACACACACACACACACACACACACACACACACACACACACACACACACACACACAUAGUAUUAUUGUGUAAAUGGCAGUUAAAAAUCAGAGAAAUGUUUACCCUGAUCACAGUGUCAUCACAAGCAAAGUUCAAAACAAUUUGACCAUUGAAAUUAGGAAAGCACAUAGCAUCCCUUGCAUAAUGUGAUUUUAAAUCAUAUUGUGUGAUAUUAAUUCAGAAUGUUUCUAUGGGUAGGCUAUAUUACACAUAAAUAACUUUCUCUUUUUCUUCCUUUUUCUUAGACAACAUGGUUUCUAAUACAAAGAAAUGCCCCAACUGCCCCCAGGUCAUGCCCUGUGCCACUAAGGUUUGUAAGGCCUGUGGGGCAGAGCAGCCCAAGAAGGCUCGCCUGAUGAAGAGGCUGCAGGCCCUUGAUAAGAAGAAGGGGGAGUGGGUUAGCAAUCUUAAAAAAAACCACAAUGAGGCAGCCAUGCGGGAUGAAGCCAUCAUUUUGCUUGAGAAGCUUCAUGCAAUGGGCUACAAGCCACUACUCCUCCUUCAGAAGAAAGGCAAUGGAAAGAAGCCUAAAAUAGCUUCCCUCACCCCAAGAUGCGAGCUGGACCCGCUGGCAACACAACACCUCAGCAAAAUGGCAGCUUUUUAUGAGUUGGUUUGUGCAGGUUGGAAGGCGUGUGAGGACACUGUCCUCACCCUGACCCUCACCCCCUGUGACGAGCAGGGGACCUCAGGAGAGGCGAGGCCAGAAAUUCUUGUGGAAGAGGCAGAGCCGGAAGGCCUCAUGGAGGAGGCGGGGCUGGAAGGCUCUGCUGUGGAGAUGGCUGGCCUUGUGGCAAAGGCGGCGCUGGAAGGUCCCAGGGUAGAGGCUGAAUGCCUUGUGGAAAAGGUGGUGCCAGAAGGCCUCGUGGAGGAGGCGGAGCUGGAAGGCCCCGCUGUGGAGUUGACAGGCCUUGUGGCGAAGGCGGAGCUGGAAGGUCCUGGUGUACAGGCAGAAGGCCUCGUGGAGAAGGCGGGGCUGGAAGGCCACGUGGAGAAGGCGGGGCUGAAAGGCCUCAUGAAGGAGGUGGAGGUGAAAAGCCCCGGAAUAGAGGAUGAAGGCCUUAUGGAGGAGGUGGGGCUGGAAGGGUCCACUAUGAAGAAUAAAGACCUUGUGGAGGAGGCGGAGCUGGAAGGCCCCGCUGUGGAGACGGCAUGCCUUUUGGAGAAGGUGGCGCUAAAAAUCCCUGCUGUGGAGGCUGAAGCCCUUGUGGAGGAGGCGGGUGAAGAAGAUCUACCUAAAAAAGGGUCAACAGGGAAGAGAAAGCAGAAGUCAGAGGCAGAAAUGGAUAAAAGCAAAAAAAAAAAAAAAAAUUGCGCCUACCACACAGGCCUAGAUGUUUUCCCAAUUAGGAGUGCUCUAAAAGAAAGAGUGAGAAAGGGACAAAGAGAAUUGCUGAUCGACUGGGAGCCUUGUGCAGCAUGUGGGAAACAAUGGACUCCUACUUGGGAGCCCAAGGAGUCAUUUGUUUAAAAUAAUACAUUUUGUAAUAUGUUGUUUUAUUUUUUGUAUUGUAUAUUGCAUAUUCAAUAAAGUUUUUUUAUAGUAAUUUUGUGAUAUUUCUAUACAACGUAAAGUGUUGUUUACAAGCCCCGUGUUGAAGAUGGUAGAUGUUCAACAUUUCUUGCCAUUUCAGAACUGGAUAAUUCAAGAAUGCCUAACUCAGUACAAAAACAUGUUCUUCUUUUGAUAUGUGGUUUAUCAAGAGGUUAGUAAAUUAUUCAACCAAACACAAUGCGUGCACAAAUGGAAGCAGGACUCUGUACAUGCUGUAAGUCAGAUGCAAUUUAUUGUACAUUUAAAAAAACAAUUCCUCACGAAUGACAGUGUUAAUAAUUUAAAAUGAAUGUGCAGUAUCCAUAAUGGUCAUCACAAACACAUGUUUCCAUAUGUAAUAUGCAUGGCAGUUUACAACCUGCCAGUUUCCAAUAUUCAUACAAUAGAAGGUGAUUAUUUACAAUAUUUGUUAUUUUUGGGAGAUUGUGUGUGUGGGGGGGGGGUUGAUUUAGCAGAAACCUUAUAUUCUUAGUAGUUUAAAUGACCUUACAUUUGUCCCCUUUACUGAUGUUUUACCAGUCACUGCUCCUGACAGGCUGAUGUGGUCCCAGUCCUUUAUUUGGCUGCAGUUCCAUGAGUGGUCCCUGGUAAGGUAGAUAAAAGGAAGCUGAAGAAGCCGGUGUUUGUCUUGCCCCACUUCCCUGUAGUAUUCCCACUCCACUGUUUGGUCAUUGAUCCUUGGCUCUCCUGUUAUAUUGUGGUGGUGAGAGUGUAGAACGACCCAAAAAGAAGACCCAAGACGAUUAGAAUGUUCCAGUGGACACUGGUGGUGGUGCUGCUACUGCUUUGACCUCAUGUCGCUUUUACCACAUGGCUGUCCAAUCAAACAGCCUGUUAAGCCUUAACACAACCCCAUUCCACAGACACACACACACACACACACACACUCAUUUUUUCAACCUCUCAUCUGCUUGCAUCCCUGUAGUUUCCAUUAAAUUUAUAUUAAAUCAAUUUUUUUUUCAAUAAUUGUGAUACUUUUGUCAUUUUCAUAUAGAUGACCACAUUCAACAAUUUACAAAUUAAUUAAAAGAAGCAAACAAUGUCUGUAAAUGAAAUAAGUAUGCAUUAUAUUAAUAAACAUGGAAUAGUUUUUACAUUUAGUACAUUGACAAAGUGUUUUAUUGUUCAAGGUAGUUGUGCAGUUUGUGAUCUGAGUUGAUUUAAUAGGUGUUGUUUUUUACAGUCAAAUAGAGUAUGUCCAGUACUCCGGGUGUGCUUCCAAUGUGUGUGAAGUGGACACGUUUACUCUAACUGAAUGUUUAUGUAUUGAUAAUCCAUUGCAUAAGUAACAAUAAAAAUGAUUUCCUUCUUA